GAGAGAGGAAGAGAGCAGUUCCGGUUUGGAGGACGAAAAUUCUAGAAAGCAUGUUAGAAAGGAAAGAAACAGGUAAAAAGUAACUUAUUUUCUCAUUUCUUCUUGGAAGCAAGGACAUUAUAAACUAUCCCUCAUCUGCACCCCAACCGGGCGCUACACUGGCUGCACCCUCAACAGGCCCAACGUCUUGAAACUUCGGCGUACGGACACAACAAACACUGAAAGAAAAGUUGGUUCGCUCAGAUCAGCGAUGAGCGAUAAGAGGUGGCGGUGCACUUCUCGACCCCGCAACAAGUGAUGGCCGCGUUGUUUCGGUCCAAGCGGCCGGCGUCGCGGUAUUCACUGACAAGUGACACAUGAGGCAGCUAAGGAUACACCGGCGCUUCUGGGAGGAUGCGUCGCUGCUGGCACCUUUGUGGCUUGGUAUUAUGGCUCGUCGUGUGCGAUGCGACGCACGGGGGGGUACGCCUCCUGUUUGCCAACCGCAAGGACAUCAGGCUGUUGGAGCUGGAUGCAUCAGGCCGCCGUGCAAAUGGCUCCCGGGUGGUGGUGGACGGUCUCGAGGAUGCAGCGGCAUUGGACUUUCUCUACGAGGGAGGUCUGCUCUUCUGGACCGACGUGGGACUGGAGGUGAUCCGGCGUCGGCCACUGGACGGCUCCGGAGCCGACUUAACGGUGGCUUCCAUGGGGGUGGUGUCUCCUGACGGGCUGGCCUGUGACUGGGUGGGUCGCAAGCUCUAUUGGACUGACUCCGAGACCAACCGCCUCGAGGUGGCUGAGCUGGAUGGCUCGCACCGCAAGGUGCUGCUCUGGCGUGACCUGGACCAGCCACGCGCCAUUGCGCUCGUCCCGACAGAUGGGUAAGCCAUUCAUUUUGCCGCAACGGCAAACCGAGUUGCGUGCCCUGCUUAGCCCUAACUGUUCCAUUGUACUUUUUUCGUCUAGCACUGACUUAAAGGGGGUAUUAAACAGCAUCCAUCACAAAAUUCCACCUCUGUACGAAAUGUGAGUGCAAACAAGCCAGUCAGAACAGUCUUGUUAUACCUGACACCCCUCUUUACGUUCCUGGGCUAUACUUAAAAGAAGAAAGGGCUUACUUUUUGGGCGUGCGCAGCCAUUUAAGUGACUAUUCGAGCUCUGAGGGCAUUGUCCAACUUUCUGAAUAGUUUGGAGCAAGAAAGAAAUGGGAUUCGCCAGAGAUAAAUUAUUUUGCCUUUCACUGCAAGUGGCUACAUGACAUGCAUGCAACUGGGC